AUGGCCACUGUAUGCGCAACGAGGCCUGCGCUCACACCUGUUCAGGCAGAACCACGCGCAGCCUCUCAACUCUCCAUCAACACAUCUCAGACUGGAACGCCGAGAGCGAUACCUCACAAGCAUAUCCCUUACUGCUCACCAGGGCCUCGUCCCGGCCUACGGCAAACACCAGACACACCUCCAGCCUCUCCACCUUCGCCUAGCCAGCUAGUAGAGACAACUUCAUUGACCUAUCCGCCCAAUGGGUUCGACAAAGUCAGCAAUGACCCGCCAGUCUACUCCAUUACGGCAAGCAAACUGUCACAGGCAUUGGAUCACUUAGCUACACAGCCUUUACCGGCGGCACAUCAGGUCUUCCCAUGGCUUCAUGGUCUUCAUGCCGACAACCAACUGCAGCUGGCCUUCUUCAUUGCGCGGAAGAAAGCACUACGGCGCACGCCGAGAUGUCUGAGACACAUCACCAUCGUCAAAGCUGGCGGUGACCUGUCGCACAGUAGGCUCAAGGGCGCCAUAGCGCCGGAAGAGAUAUUGGCUCCGCUACAGGCUGCUCGAGAUAAGCGAGUCGAAGAUGCUGCCGACUUCUUGGAUAUGGAUCCCAAGGAUGGCUUCAGCGUGCGGAACUUCCAGAUACAGGCCUGUAAGAUGGCUACAGUCAGUGAUAUCGUGGUGUACUGUGAUAAUGGUACUCCGAGAGAUGAGGCCGAGCGACUAGCGAAGCGGAUAUCACGAGCUCAAGCCGCGUGGUUGAAGAAGACGGACGGCUUGCAUUUUGGAUCGCGGCCGUUCAAUACUUUCGUCCUUUCUGAUGACUACACGGUUGUCGAGGCAGACUUCCCGGAUCUCGUCAGCCUCGACUCUGAGGGGUGCAUCACUGGCAAGGUAAUGGACUUCUUUCACCGUGAGCGCAUAGAGAUGUGCUCCAUGUCCGCACCGAGUGAAAUAUCGCACAAUGUCUGGCUCGGACCUACACCCGACCCAUCGCUACCGCUGGAAGGCGAAAGAUCUUCGCUUAUGCAAGACCCGUCAUGCUUCGACGUGAUGGUUGAGGCGAACGAUCUUGCGCAGGUACCGGAUUCAAAAGCCUUCAAGGUGCUUGAGGAGCUUCUUCAACAGAAAGAUGCCGCGAAGCUACCCAACGGUGCCAUACCGCAACUGGAGUUCCCGGGUUCAGGUGCAAUCAUGCCCCCAACCUGGUCACAGGCGGAAGUAGACGGGCUGAUUGCGACGUGCGAGUGGAUGUAUGAGCAAGCUCACGCUUUGCCUUCUACUGCUUCGGCCAGUAGGCGGAGGGACAGCAAGCUUUCGUUGACCGUCGAAGUGGACAGUGACGGCGACAGCAUAAUGCAAACCACUAAAGGACAGGAGUCAAGAGGCCGGCGCAUCUUGAUCCACUGCACGGACGGCUAUACCGAGUCUUCGCUGCUAGCGCUGGCGUACUACAUGUAUGCAGAGUGCUUGCCUGUGCACGAAUCGUGGAUACAGCUACACCGAGAGAAGGGCCGCAACUUCUUCGCCUAUGGCUCGGACGUAGCGUUGCUACGAGCAGUGCAACCGCGCAUUCUGCAAGCCUCACCCAAGCACCAAGGCGACGUGCAGCAGCUAUGUCCACCCGUACCGCAGUGGCUGGAGAAGAUGGACGGUAGCCUACCGAGCAGAAUCCUGGACUACAUGUACCUGGGCAACCUCGGACAUGCCAACAACCCGGGUCUUCUCCGUGAGCUCGGCAUCGGCCAGAUACUGAGUGUCGGGGAGCCUGUGAGCUGGGAUAAGGAUACCCAGAGAUGGCCGCAGGAGAACCUACUGUUUGUGGAUAAGGUGCAGGACAACGGCGUUGACCCUCUGACGGAGGACUUCUCGCGAUGCUUGCAAUUUAUCGAGAACGGACGCAAGAAGGGCACCAAGACAUUGGUGCAUUGCCGAGUCGGAGUGUCAAGGUCCGCCACGAUAUGCAUCGCCGAGGUGAUGAAUGAGCUGGGCCUGUCCUUCCCGCGAGCAUACUGUUUUGUUCGAGCCAGGCGGCUGAAUGUGAUCAUCCAACCACAUCUUCGCUUUUCUUAUGAGCUUCUCAAGUGGGAGGAGUUCCAAUGCCAGAAACGCGGCCAACAUUUACGCCGAGAGCUGGAAUGGGCCAUCAUUGCCAGGGAGAUCGCGGCAAUGAAUAAGCCGUACUCGAGGCAAGGCUGAGCCUGGUGUGGUCUGUCCGCUGGAUGGGAUUUAUCUGUUAACGUGCUAUGGAAUAUGAUGUUACGAUUUUGUUUGCGGAAGAUAUCAUAUGGCGAUCUUUGAUGGGAUGAGUGGAGGCAGGCUCCGCGGGU